UGUGGCAGUCGUCGAGUUUCCAGGUUUUCCCAGGAUUUCACUGCGCUGCUGCUAUUGCUCUCCGGAUUGAUUGGGGCUCUCCGAACUGGGUGGCUGCUCUCCGGACUGAUGGCUCUCCGGUGCGCACGCUGAGCACUUGACUAGCGCUCGGCACUGAUUAUUAUGAUGACUGCUGCCUCCAGACGGCUUGCCAAUUUGCAAUGCCAAACCUACGCGCUAGUGUCUUACAGGCCGCUAGAGGUAUGCACAUCAAUUUACAGCGCCUCACACUAGCGGAUGUUGUACGUCUGGGCGUGCUUCCAGAGGCCCGGGUCGGGCGGCAGCGCGACGCCGAGGCCGCCGGCGCCGGCGCCCGCGUCGGCCGCCCCGAACGUCGGCAGCGCGCUCCCCGUCAUCGCGCCGAGGACCAGCUUCUCGCUGACCUGCGCGAGCAUCGUCGAGUCGUAGAGCGACACGAGCACCUUCGCGGUGUCGGCCGCCGCCGCCGCCGCGAUCUCGAUGAGCGGCAGCGUCUCGCGCUCCCAGACGUCCGCCGUGCUGUCGACGAGCAGCACGCCGCCGGGGCUGCAGGCGCCCACGACCUCCUGCGUGUCGAAGGGCGGCUCGAAGAGCCGCGCGGCGCGCCCGCGCCGCACGCUCGGGAGACCCGCGACGUUCUUCGCGCCCGGGUCCACGGCGAUGACGUCGAGGCCCUCGAGCUCGUCGCCCCAGUCCGGCGCCGCGGCGCUCUCCCACAGUAUCAGGCCGUCGGGCUGGGCCGCGAUCGUCUCGAGCGCGUCGGCGGGGCCUCGCACGGUCAUGCGCAGGUCAAGAUAAAGAUCCAGCGUCGGCAGCCCGGUGAGCGCCGCCGCGGAGCCGCAGCAGAGCGCCGCGAGGGCGGUCCUCCUCAUCGAUGCUGACUGCGCUCUGGUGUUUUGAGAGAGCUCUGCUGCUGAGGUGUGUUUGAGAGAGCUAUGUGUGGCAGCAGUCGCCGCACGCGCUUCACGCGCGCGAGGGGGGCUCCCAAAUAGCACUCUCAAGCUUGCGGAUCCUUCGGUGGUGGACGAAUCGGGAGAUAGGGGUGCUUUUUGCGCGACGACGUACGCGCGAAACCCGCCGGCCACGAAUUUCAGAUCGCAGGAGUUGUCACAACAAAACUUAGUCGCCGCACCAGGCCGCGUCGAGCGCGUCGAGGACGGUCCGGACGCGCGGGUCGAGGGGCUCCGCGUCGGCGUAGAACUCGAGCUGGAGCGCGACGAGCUUGAGCCGCGCGUCGAAGGGCAGCGCGGCGCCGCCGCCGGCCCACGCCCGCACCGCCUCGAUCCGGUCCCGGUCGUCCUCGAGCGCCGGCGUCGACGCCGCGAAGGCGAGCGCGGCGCGCGG